AAAGAUUUUGUCUUGAACGUGAGAUUCAUUGCUCCGAAUAGAGUGAGAAAAAGACUUUUAAGAUUGAAGAAGAAAGAUGCGGAUUUUGUGCGAUGCUUGCGAGAACGCAGCCGCAAUCGUCUUUUGCGCCGCCGAUGAAGCUGCCCUUUGUCGCUCCUGCGAUGAAAAAGUUCAUAUGUGCAACAAGCUAGCUAGUCGGCAUGUACGUGUUGGUUUAGCCGAACCAAGCAAUGCCCCGUGCUGUGAUAUAUGCGAAAAUGCACCUGCCUUCUUUUACUGUGAGAUAGACGGUAGCUCUCUGUGUCUGCAAUGUGACAUGGUAGUACAUGUUGGUGGCAAGAGAACACAUGGUCGGUUUCUUUUGCUGAGACAGAGAAUCGAGUUUCCAGGUGACAAGUCUAAAGCAAACAAUAUGAGGGACAAUUUGCAGAACCAAAGAGUGUCUACAAAUGGAAAUGGUGAAGCUAAUGGCAAGAUUGAUGAUGAAAUGAUUGAUCUAAAUGCUAAUCCACAAAGAGUACAUGAGCCAGCAUCAAAUAACAACGGGAUUGAUGUAAAUAACGAGAACAAUCACGAGCCUGCAGGCAUUGUACCAGUUGGACCCUUUAAACGAGAGUCUGAGAAGUGAUAAGGGUUUGGUGUACGCAACCUUUCUUGUGGAAGAGGGAAGGUUUAUGUUUGUUUGUGCAUUAUCUUAGUUUUAAGGAAUUAGCUUAAGUGCUCACAGGAAUAGGGUCUUUGAUGGCUGAUGCUAUGAUUUUACCUUGAGGACACACUUUUGGAGCUGGAGGAAUUGAACAAGUGAAACAGAUGGUACAGAGUUUUGUUUCUGCUAUUUGCAUUUGUCUCUUUUAUUUUGCUUGGAAACGAAUCUCAGAGAUAUGAUGCAAUACACAACUAACAUUUGCUAAUUGGAUUUGGUUUGAUCUGAACAUGAUAGGGAGUGUUCAUGGAGUAUGAGAGGAAAUUUGUUUGGUGUGUGUAAUGGGAUUCUCUGUUUGGAAAAGAUGCAAGGAAAUUUCUGAAUCUAAGUGUUAUUCUAUUCCUUUUUUGUGUUAAAAGAUUAGCUGGUUUCAUCGACUUUUGUAUCCCGCACUGCAGCUCCAAAUCAAUGAUCAGAGGUGUG